CUGACACUGACAUUUAUAACUUAUCUGUCAAUAUUUGAGCAAGCAAGCACGCAUCAGAUUUGUGUAUUAGGUGGAAUUACUGUGUUAUUAUAUAGAAUUAAAAUUUACAAUAAUGCCUAAAUAUUACUGUGACUAUUGUGACACUUAUUUAACACAUGAUUCACCGAGUGUGAGAAAAACCCAUUGCACUGGACGAAAACAUAAAGACAACGUGAAAUUUUACUAUCAGAAAUGGAUGGAAGAACAAGCUCAACAUCUCAUAGAUGCUACUACAGCGGCGUUUAAAGCUGGUAAAAUAGCGCAAAAUCCAUUUGGUAACAAGGGAGCAGCCAUCCCACCACCUUGGGAUCCUUCCGUUAUGGGUCCAGGUGGGCCUAGGCCCCCAGUUCCUGCUCCCGGGGGUCCGCCGGGAAUGUUGCCGCCCUCUGCUAUGGGUCCAGGUGGUCCUAUGGCCCCGCCUAUGAUGAUGGGUCCGCACGGCCCUAUGCCUCCUAUGAUGGGCAUGAGACCACCAAUGAUGGGACCAUUAAUGGGCCCUAUGGGACCAAUGGGGCCAAUGGGACAAAUGAGACCACCUCUUAUGAAUGGACCACCUAUGAAUAAAUAGUGUUAAAUGUGUAAUAUGUGAAGACUAAUGACAAUUUGUUUAAGUUACUAAUAGUUUCAAAAUGAUCAACAACAAAGUCAUAAAAUAUUAUGAUUGUGUUUACAAUCCAAGAGCUGAUUCAAAAGGAAGAAGCAUCAACAUGUCUCUUUAAACUGGUAAAUCUUUUCUUGGUCUCUCCCCAGUCAUUAAAUGCCAAAGCCCAAGGACUGGUUUCUUUAUUUUCUGGCACUUGCAUGAUCUUCAUUAUUUUUAGUAGUCAGGCCAUUGGUAUACUUAUCCUCAUUGACUAUGUUAAGCAAUCAUUUUUGUAUAUGUAUCAUUUCAAUAGUAUACACUUGUAUUUGAUACUAAAUAACAUCCUUACGGACCAAUAUGUUGAAUUCCAAAAAUGUUGCCUUCCAUUAAUGUAGAUUCUGCAAAUGUUGAAAUUCCAAAAAUGUUGAAUUCCACUAUAGUUGAAUAGAUCCAAUUUUGCAUUUUCAAGUCCUAAUCUAUAUCAAAAUCAGUUCAGCUAUUUUCAUAUGAAAACGAACAUACAGAUAGACAUACAUACACAUUUUCGCAUUUAAAAUAUUAGUAGUAGUGACACAUAUGACAUUUACUACUUUUAUGACAUUGUUUUUGCAAUUUGCAACUAUUUAGUGAAAUAACCAAUCAUAACUUUAAGAUUUUAGGUAAUUCCAAUUUUUGAAUAAAUUUUAAAAUAUGUGA